CAAACUAUUAUUGCAUUGCCAAUAUUGAAAAAUUAUUUAUAAGUACAUCGUUUUGAGUGCAAGCAAUUAUGGCCUCCGUUAAAUGACCCCUCGCUUGCUUGGCUUGGCUGAGCGGCCAGCUAGCCUGUGUGUCUGGCUCAAUGUGAUGAUGAUGGAGGGGAAAGCUUAAUAAACUCGCAGCAUUGAGACGAUUCAGUCCCGUUAUGGGGGACAUGAAGACCCCAGAUUUUGAUGACCUGUUGGCAGCGUUUGACAUCCCAGACAUUGAUGCUAAAGAGGCCAUCCAGUCCGCUCCUGAUGAUGCCGAAGGGCCACAUGGGCCAGGGGGAGCUUCUCUGGGCAAGCCAGAUGGUGGGGUGGGUGUUGGACCUUCCCUGAGACCACCCAGCCCCCCAGACCCUCAGACAGACACAUCCAUUGUCAGCGUUAUUGUGAAAAACAGAGUUCGUCCUGAGACCCUUGAUGGUGGAGAUGGAGACACAGACCAGGACCCGAUUGAUGGAUCUUCCGGAGUGGCAGUGGGUCCUAGGCUGGGUGCCUGUGCCUCAGGCAUGGCUGAAUCAGAAUCACUAAAUCACAAUGGGUUUGGCGCAUCUGGGGUCUCUGCAUCCAUGCCUCUAUCCCAGUCCCAAUCCAACGGAGAGCCAUGGUCCGUGAACACUUCAAAGACGGCUUCAGAGGGCGGAGGAGUCAGUGCUGGGUCAACGAAAUCCGCUAAACAGGGCGGCAGCAUUUUUAACAGACUGAAGCCUCUAAUAGCACAGGGGUCCGGAGACCCUGUAGGUAGAGCAAGGAAGAUGCAGCUCCUCCAGCAGCAGCAUCAGCAACAACACAGCCAUCAAGAUGCAGGCCAAGAUAUGGUCGAAGAGGUCAAAGCCUCUUUAUCUUCCUCUUCAACUGUUGUGUCUUCUCCUCUCAUCCCGGGAGGACUGUCGUCUCCUUUCUUCCCUCCUUCCAAACCUCUACUCCCACCUCCUCCCUCUGCACUCUCCUCUCUCACGGCAUUGAACGGCACUCCCAAAGCCACACCUGCAGGAUUCCGCCCCCGGGACUCUGAAGAGGAGGAUGACUCGGACCCAGACCUUGGAGGCCCGCUGGUGAUCCAAGAGGGCCCUGCCUCUCCCACCUGCACCCCUCCCAAACUGACCCGACGGUUCAGGUCCCCUGCCUCCAGCUCAGACCCAGUAUCGACCCAGCCCUCAGUCUCCAUGUCAGCUCACCCCAAGCCCGGGGACACACCUUCUGGGGCCAGCUUGACCUCCACCCCACAGCCUGGUUCCACCAAGAGUCCCCCCCAGGAAGACAGACACCCAGAACAUGUAAUUGAAGAGAGGGAUUCGCCCGAGAGUCCAGAGCCCGAGAUGCCCAAAUCAACUGCACCAGGGAUGUCCAAGAGAUGCUCCAGCCCUGCCGUGGCCUCCACACCACCGCCUUCAGACCUAAGAGAACCCAAGGAGGAAGAAGAAGAGAUGGAGGUUGGGAAUGGAGUGGAAAAGGUGGUUGAGAACAAGGCAGACACGGGGAAAUCUGAAGGUGCUAGAAAAGAAGACGAAAAGAUGGAGGUGGAUGACGGCAAACCUAAACCCCUUUCCACUGAGGGGAGUGCCCCAACCCCUGCAGCACCAGGUGCUCCGUCCCGGCCCCUCAAAGUGCGGAUAAAGACCAUCAAAACCUCCACUGGGGGGAUCACCAGAACUGUUACCAGGGUGGCCCCAAAGGGUGGUGCUGCAGCAGGCAAGAGUCUGGACCCCAGCAAGGCCCAACAAGGUGGACGUAAGGUCCCAGCCAACAAGGCCCGCAAAGUGGAGGCUUCGGCCGGUCGCACGGAAACACCUCAGCAACAGAAAGUGAAAGCUCUUAACGCUCUGCCAGUGUCCACUCUCGCUGCCAGCAGUGUCAUGCUAGCAGCUGCGACCAAGGUUCAGAACAAGAUGGCCGCCGCUUCAGACAAGGCAAAGGUCUCUGCCACGGCGGUCAGCAUCACUAAAUCGGCUGCCCUGCCCGCCACGCCAUCUGUAGCCUGCUCUCCUAAGUUCUCUGUCGGCGGCGGUGGGAUCAGUGUCCGUCCAACUGGCGCCAAGACUGCUAACGGAGCCGGUGCCAAUGUCCUAGCCGGAACGCACCAGCCCAGCAAGCCGGCCUCCAUCGUCAACAGCACAGGUGCUGUCAUCUCCCGCAGCCAGUCCAGUUUGGUAGAGGCUUUCAACAAGAUCCUCAACAGCAAGAACCUGCUGCCCAGCUACAAGCCCGACCUCUCGGCUCUUCCGCCCCCAGAGUGGGGGCUCCCGCUGCCCGCCACCGGGUACCGCUGCCUGGAGUGUGGUGAUGCCUUCGCCCUGGAGCGUAGCCUUGCCCGCCACUACGAUCGGCGCUCGCUGAGGAUUGAGGUGACGUGCAACCAUUGCGCCAAGAGGCUGGCCUUCUUCAACAAGUGUAGCCUACUGCUGCACGCCCGCGAACACAAGGAGAGAGGCCUGGUCAUGCAGUGCUCUCACCUGGUCAUGAGGCCCGUCACUGUGGAGCAGAUGAUUGGUCAGCAGGACAUGACACCCAUCGUCCCGUCGCCCUCCGCCUCUGCUGGCACUGCCGCGUCGGCGGGCUGCAGCCCGAUGAAGGAUGCCCCCUCCCCGGCCUCCACCCAGCCCAGGCCCAUGCGCCGGGCGCCCCAGAGCCCCCAGGCCCUGAUGCCCCUGCCCUGCAAGAAGGGGGAGGUGCUGCAGUACCAGAACUUCAAAUGCCCCGAAUGCCAGACCCAGUUCUCCGGGAAGGCCGAGCUCGUCGCCCACUUCCAGCAGAUCAGGGCCACGCCCAACUCGACCUGCACCCUGUGUUCCCCCCCGAUGAUGCUGCCCAACUCCUGCAGUGUGUCAGCCCACCAGAGGAUCCACAAGCACCGCGCUCCCCAUGUCUGCCCGGAGUGUGGAGGCAUCGCCAGGCAGGCCAGCUUCCAGACUCACCUACAGGAAGCCUGUCUGCACUUCGCCAGACGCAUCGGCUACAGGUGCUCCAGCUGUCAGGUGGUGUUUGGGGGCCUGAACUCCAUCAAGUCCCACAUCCAGACGGCCCACUGCGAGGUCUUCCACAAGUGCCCCAGCUGCCCCAUGGCUUUUAAGUCGGCCCCCAGCGCCCAGGGCCAUAUCAGCACCCAGCACCCAACCCUGACAGGGGGACAAGCCAAAAUGAUCUACAAGUGUGUGAUGUGUGACACAGUCUUUACUCAGAAGCCCUUGCUGUACAUGCACUUUGAUACUCACCUGGCCAAGCAGAAAGUCCAUGUGUUUAAGUGCCCUGACUGCACCAAACUCUACGCCCAGAAGGGUUCCAUGAUGGAGCACAUUAAGACUGCCCACAGAGGCCUGUCAGUCAAACAGGAAGGCCAGUCAGAUGCCGCUGCCACGCCCUCCACCAACACCCUGACCCCCUCCCUCCCCAAAUCGAAGCCUACUGCAAAAACGGACAACUCGGACGGAGAGGACUGGGGCCGGGACCAGGAGGAGGAGGAGGAGGAAGAAGAGGAGGAGGAAGGGGAUGACGACGCGGAUGAGGACUACGAGGCUCCUGGGAGUCAGUCCAGCACCAUGGAUGUGGGCAGCCAUGUAGGAGAGAGGAACUGCCAGCAGUGUCAGAAGAGCUUCGCUGACAGGGAGGAAUACAUCAGCCACAUCAAGACAGAGCACGGCAAGUUCCCAUGUCAUAUAUGCGAAGGCUCGUUCAGCACCUCGUCCAGCCUAAGGAGACACAUACGUGUGAUUCACGAGGGCAACAAGAGAGUCUUCCACUGCCAAUAUUGCACUGAGGGAAAGCGGACCUUUAGCAGUCGGUUCCUACUGGACAAGCAUAUCCGGGUCCACCACGGGGUCCGAGCAGCAGAUGGACAGGGCCCACAGACCAGAAAACGUUCUGCCCCAGGAGAAGGGCCCGGUAGCUCCUCGGAACUGGAUGGCGAGGGCGGCCCCCCGGGCGUGAGGCCCAGUGGGGAGGACGAAGGCCGCGAGGCCCCGGAAGACGCUGGCGAGGAGGGCCCGGCCAAGAGGACGCGGGGCUCGGUGGCGACGGCAGCUCCAGACCCCGAGGAGGACGACAGCGUGUUCCGCUGUGUGCCGUGCGGUUUCACCACGGAGGACGGCGCCGAGUUCCAGCAGCACAUCCCCCAGCACCGCGCCGACGCCGCCUCCUACCAGUGCCUGCAGUGCGGGGUGUGCUUCGCCUCGGCGGGAUCCCUCGGGCGCCACCGCUUCAUCACGCACCGUGUACGGGACCCCCUGGGCGACGCUGAGCGCGGCGCCGCCCGCACCCUGGGCUCCCCUCAGGGCUCGCCCUCCUCCCCCUCCUCCCAGCAGGGCGAGGACGGGGAGGGCAGCAUGAGCUGCAAGGUCUGUGGCAGGCGCUUCGACAAGGCCUCGGACCUCAACACACACUUUAGGACCCACGGCAUGGCUUUCAUCACCUCCCACAAGACUGACAAGCCCCAGUAGGGGGAGUGACUGACAAGAACCAAACUGUCUGGAUCCCCCCCCCCCCCGUGCUGUCUGGAGCCACCUGUAAGCUCCAUGUUUUUAUAUUUAACACUCUGUGAAUCUGACUGCAUGUCGAUCAUUAUACGGAUCGUAUAACUAAACGUAACAAGACUGGCCUCUGAGGGAACUGCGCCGUCUGACCACAUGACCAGGAAGUGAGGCGUUGACGCCCAAUCGCGCUGUGGGUCCCGUCUCGUCAUCUUUCACCACCACACUGCUCAUUUGCUUUGUCUGCACAUUUGUUUCUUUCCACAUGAAGCUAACUUCUUUUCUACAUUUCGUACCGUUCUCUGUAUUACAUUCACCAACAUUUUUGUACGCAGCAUCGUCCAUACCUUUUUCAUACGGAUUCGUCGGCUGAACAGUUGCGUCCUGAAGGCGUACAGUAUUGCUAUAACUCUUCACCCUGCCAUCCUCUCAGAGCCACUGUAUAAAGAAGCACUCUCGCUGGUCCCUAAGCUGUCGGCCAUUUUUGUAAUAAAAAGGCAGUGAAAAACUGUUCCAUUCUCAAAUCAGUGUCAGAUAAAGCUUAGAGGCACCAGAAGCAAAAAAUGGAGUACGAGGAGAAUUUUAAACACUGAUUUUAAUGAAUAUUGACUUUGUAAUAUUUAUUUAUAUGAAACACGUUGUUGUUGGUAUUUGUGCUUUCUUUUGCUGCCAGUCUCAUCUUAAGAUGAAGCGCUAUCGCCUGGUUAAAAGCGGUUCCAUCUCUGUUGUUUGAACUUUUCGGUAGGAGUGGAGGUUACACACAGUUGUUGUAGCCCGUGUGGUGUGAGUGGUGGUGUUGUCUACAGUGAAGCUAGAACAAGAGAAAUACGGAGUCUUGCCAUUAGUGCACAACCUGUACGUUGUGAUGUAAAUACAUAUACAGUACACAAAAAGAAAAGCUUUUGAGUUUUGUUACUUGUUAUGAAAAUGUGAAUACGUAUAGUAUUUGUACAUGUACUGUUUGGUUUCUGCCCCCCCCCCCCCCCACACACACACACACACACUCCCCGCCACCACCAACCAAUCUGAAGAAAAACAGGAGAGUACUACAUUAUAAUGAAUGGCCGAAGGGAGCGUGAGAACACUGGCAUAGUGUCUUUCAAUAAUGUGUAUGAAAACAGACAUAUAUCUCUUUGAUAUGAUUCUUUUUGUAAUACCGUAUACAGAAUCAGUGCUUGCUGUCCUCCAGUUUCAUUUUCGAUUUGUUUCAUUACGACCUUUAUGGUCUUGUGAAGGAGGCCUGUUUGUAUGGAUGUUGUUCUGUUCGUUUUUUUUAUCACCUAAUAUCAUAUUUAUAUAGCAAAAUAGUGAAUCCAUGUUUGUCCUUUUAAUUUUCUAUGGUUGUGGUCUGCUUGAUGAAAAUGCCAUACACUUUUUGUGUCGUUUUAAAAUAAAUGUCUGAAAGUGAA